AUGGGUAGGACGGUGGCCAAAUCUGCACGGGGAAGAUCUCUGACCCCAAGGGGGAAGAAAUCGACUGGGGGGGAUAACGAGGAGGUAGGAGAGAAGACUGUGAUCAGCCGGUCAGAGUCUCUCUACUUCUCGGACGGCGAAUCGGACGGUGACUCGGAUGGGUCAAUCUGGCUCCCGGACGUAAUGACGACUGGGAAGGAGCGGGGCCAAGCCUCAAAGAGGAAGGCAUCAGAGGACGUGGAGGAGGCCGAAAGGGCUUCCAACAAGGUUUCCUCAGCCACGAGAGGCCGGGCUGCUCAUCGGGGCUCCUACGCUGGCACGGCCGAGACCAAAGAGAGGCUCCGGGACCUGUCUGCGGACUAUGCCCAAUUCGAGCGCGAGCUCGAGAAGGCUGGUACCAGCAGGUACCUGAAGGCCAGCGAGAAGAGCGGGAAGAGGUGCCUCGUUGAUGAGCACCUGGAGGUGGUGAGGGCGGCUGCCCAGAAGGUUUUGGCGGAGGCCGGAAAGUCCGGCAACCUAAAGGGGACGGCAUGGCGGGCCAUGAACGAGGCCUGCCAUGACAUAAUUGUGGCGGCUGGGAAAAUCGAGGCUCAGUGCGAGGAGUCGGAAGCUGUCCGCAUACUCAGGGCGGACAACAAGAGGAUGCGGGAGCAGCUUUCGCUCCUCGAGCAGGAGACCAAGGCCCUGCGCACGGCCUUUGCCGAGCGCACGGCAUCGGCGCUGAAUGAGGCCCAACCAGCGGUGGGUGCCCCCUCGCUGGAGGACAUUAGGGGACUCCUCUCUGAAUGGAAGGAGUCCUUUGAAAGGAACAUGUUCCUCAAGCUGGGGGGCAUGGUGCCGAUUGUCCGGCCGCCUCUGGCGGCCGAUAAGAGGAAGGAGGCCGAACCGACGGCCCCAAAAGCUGGGAGGAGCUAUGCUGGUGCAGUUGCGGGGGCUACCCUGAUGCCCCCAGCACGACCUGGGCCUGCACCCAAGGCUACACCAGCCAAAAAGCAGCCCCAACAAGUGACGGUGCAGGCCCAGACACCUACUGGGCAACCUGUCGAAGUACCUCCGCCUCAGGAAGGUGAACAGGGGUGGGCUGAGGUGGUCAGAAGGGGGAAAAAGAAGGGGAACAAAGCCUCCCCUCCUGCCCAGCCUGAGCCUACCCUAGCGAAGGCCCCCAAGGCGAGCGCACAGCCGCCUAAAAUAGUCAAAUUUGCUGCACCCAAGACUUCGGCGGUGGUGGUGACCCUCAAGCCGGAAUCUAAACUAGAUUACCGCACGGUGAUAUCGAGGGCCACCACCAUUGACCUGUCGUCAAUUGGGGUGGAUCAUGUGGCGGCUGUCCGUGGCACGGCAACGGGGGCCCGCAUUAUUGAAAUACCCGGGGCUAACAGUGGGGCUGCGGCGGACAGCCUCGCAGAGAAGCUCCGGGAGGUCAUAGGGACUGAGGCGGAGGUCACAAGACCGUUCAAGGCGGCCCAAAUAAGGGUCUCUGGAUUCGACGAGGGAGUAACGCCAGAGGCCCUUAAAGAGGCCACAGCGAGGGCAGGAAAAUGUCCACCGGGACAAAUUAAAGUGGGCAACAUCCGCAUAUCACCAGAUAUGACAGCGGCGGUGAUUAUCACUUGCCCCGUGGCGGCUGCCAACGCCCUAAUCGACGAGGGGCGUCUUCUCGUUGGUUGGACAGCCGCCAAGGUCAGAGGACUGGAGGCCUUGCCCAUGCGGUGCUUCCGGUGCAUGGGUAUAGGCCACACCAGAGCCCUCUGCCCGUCCCCGGUGGACAGGUCAGAGUUGUGCCAUCGCUGUGGCAAAGCAGGGCAUAUUUCCUCUGCGUGCGAGGCCAGUGAACCCUGGUGCGCGGUGUGCUAUGCGCACAAGUUGGCCGCCAAACACAUUAUGGGCGGCCCCUCGUGCAAUCCCCCGCGCACACGGGGCAAACUGGCCCCAAAUAAGGGAACCCCUGAGGGCACCACCAUGGAGCACUAA